AUGGCUUCUAUUCUAAAAUUGCAAGUCAUUGGCGGUGCAUAUAAUGAAGGAGCUUUGGCUUAUCUUUUACAAACAGACGAUUUUCGAUUUUUACUUGAUUGUGGUUGGGAUGAAAAUUUUUCUCCUGAAAUCAUCGAAGAAUAUAAACGUCAUAUUAAAUCAGUUGAUGCUGUAUUAAUUACUUAUCCCGAUAUAUAUCAUCUUGGUGCUUUGCCUUAUCUUGUUGGACAUUGUGGAUUAAAAUGUCCAGUUUAUGCGACAAUACCAGUCUAUAAAAUGGGACAAAUGUUUAUGUAUGAUUUACAUCAAAGCCGUUCGAAUAGUGAAGAUUUUACAUUAUUUACCCUUGAUCAUGUUGAUGCUGCAUUUGAUCUUUUUAUUCAACUUAAAUAUGAUCAAUCAAUACCACUUGAAGGAAAUGGACAAGGUUUAACAAUAACUCCAUUACCAGCUGGACAUAUGAUUGGUGGAGCUAUAUGGAAAAUUUCUAAAGAAGGUGAAGAAGAAAUUGUUUAUGCCGUAGAUUAUAAUCAUAAAAAAGAACGACAUUUAAAUAGUUCAAAUUUAACAAAAAUUAGUCGACCAACAUUAUUAAUAACCGAUGCAUUGAAUACAAAAUAUUCUCAAGGACAACGAAAAACAAAAGAUGCUCAAUUAUUAACAACUAUUUUAGAAACAAUGCGACGUGAUGGAAAUGUUUUAAUUUGUGUUGAUACUGCCGGUCGUGUUCUUGAACUAGCUCUUCUUUUAGAACAAUUAUGGCGGAAUGAACAAUCUGGUUUAUUUGCUUAUUCAUUAGCUCUAUUAAAUAAUUUUAGUUUUCAAGUCAUAGAAUUUGCUCGUUCACAAGUUGAAUGGAUGUCAGAUAAAAUAGUUCGACAAUUUGAAGAAAAUCGUGCUAAUCCAUUUCAUUUACGUUAUGUUAAAUUAUGUCAUGAUCUUAAUGAAUUAGAAAAAGUUCGCGCACCAAAGGUUGUAUUAGCUAGUCAACCUGAUUUAGAAUGUGGUUUUGCACGAGAUUUAUUUAUUCAAUGGGUUGAGAAUGAUAAAAAUAGUAUUAUAUUAACAACAAGAACAUGUCCAGGAACAUUAGCAAGAGAAUUAAUUGAUAAACCAAAUCUUACAACAAUUGAAGUUGAAGUACGUCGAAAAGUUCCACUUGAAGGUGUUGAAUUAGAAGAAUAUAUGGAACGACAACGUAUUUUAAAUGAACAAAAUGCUGCUAAAGCUCAAGCAGAAAAGAAAAAAUCUCGUAAAUUAUCAAAACGUUCCAUUGAUGAAGAAAUGGAUGUUGAUGUUAGUGUAGAUGAUUAUGAAGAAGAAGAAGAAGAUGAAGAAGAAGAAGAAGAAGAUGACGAUGAUGAAAAUCAGGAUAAUAAUAAAUCGAAAUUAUCAACAACAGAUACUAUAAUUGAUACCGGUCUUGCUGAUGAUUUAAAAGGAAAUUCUUUACAUACACCGUCAAGUAUUCGUCUUCCAUCUCAAUCGCCAUUUGCACCAAAACGUAAAGCAUUUGCUAUGUUUCCAUAUAAAGAAGAGAAAUAUGUUUGUGAUGAUUAUGGUGAAAUAAUUAAUCUAGAUGAUUAUAUGAUUAUUGAAACAAAACCAUCAAUAGCAAAUGAUUUAUCAUCAAUAAAUUUUGGUGAUUCAGAUGAACGACAUCCAUUUAGUGAAUUAACUGAUAUAACAAAUAAUAAUAAUAAUACACCAGGUAUGAUAAUGAUGCAACAACCUGCAACUACUCUACCAAAUAAUCAAUCUCAACAUCCAUCAAUUCAACAAGUUCAACAUCAACCAUCAUCUAUACCGUUUAAAACUUUACGUGAUAAACGUGAAUUAAAAAUAAAUGCCAAAGUUUUAUAUGUAGAUUUUGAAGCACGUAGUGAUAGAGAAUCAAUUGAAAAAUUACUUAAUCAAAUUAAACCAAAAAAUUUAAUAUUUAUUCAUGGUACACAAGAUUGUAUUGAACAAUUAGAUAAAUAUUGUACAGCAAGACAAAUUGUUCAAGGAAGAAUAUUUUCACCACAUAUCGGAGAAAUAGUUGAUGCAACAACUGAAAGAAAUCUUUAUCAGGUAUGUUUUAUAUUCAAUACAGUGGCAGUAAUUGAUUCUUGCAAUUAUUAG